GCAGCCCUCAGCUCAGCCAGCCUGCUCUGGACCCAGAUCCAGCAUUCUUCCAAGCGCAGCCGAGCACACAGCCACAGCCGUACGCAAGUUUGCAGUCGGAACGCUCGAAACAUACCUUCUUUCCCUCUGCCUCAGGUUCGUGGAUUUCUGCCUCUGCGCAAGCCUUAAUAUAGCCACUCUCUCCCUGGCGGCCUUUGCAGACUACCUUCAAGCAUGCUCCGAGUCACACCUGCAGGACCGCUCUUCGUGUAAGCUUGCGCCGAAGCAAGCCCUCAAAGCCUUGUUCUGGCUAUCUCGUAUAGCAGAGAUCCCUUGUCUUAAGGACCUCCUCUCCAGACCGCUCAUUGCAGCCUUCCGGGUGGACGGCGGUUUCAAGGACCGCAAGGAAGCAUUGCCUCUGCCUUUGGCAGCCCUCUGCGCCCUGUGUGACCCAUCCUGUCCCACACAGUUGGCGCUGCUACUGGGCGGCCUCCUUCUUGCAGCCCACGCCAGCCUCAGGUUGGGAGACCUUCAACGGAUCAGCCUCGACACCCUCAGCCUCACAGCCUCGGCCCUCAGAGGCAUUUGUUGGGCCACAAAGACCUCCUCCACGGGUCAGCCUUUUGCAGUCACCCUCACCGGCAUUACGGGUAGAGACAUUGCCUCUGCUUGGGUCCUGCACUGGCUCAGGCAUCUCCAAGCCUCCUGGCAGGCCACCGAGGCAGACCUAUGGACAGCCUUGUGCCCAGACUUUAUUCUGCUUAUCCUGCCUCAACUCAGCAGCCUCAAGCCUCGAGCCAGACAAGCUAGCUAA